AUGAACACAGAUGAGCAGAGUAUCGAAGAAACACAUAGGAUUGUAAGACCGGACCAAAUCCGGACGUAUUUAGGACCAGGACUUUUGAAGGCAAUGGAACUCUUUAAAAUUAACCACACCAGAAAAGUCUUAAUGGAAUCUCAUUUGAAGGGCAAAUGUGAUCAGUGUGACAACGUUGAAACGCUCUCGACUGAUUCCGAUUACAUACUGAAACUGCUGAUCAUUCUCGGCGAUGGAGAUGUGACGGACGCCAGUGAUGCAGUCCCCCUCGUCAGACAUCUGCAAAACAACAAGGUUUUUGUGUACGGAAUAAACAUCGGUCUCAUUGGAUUUCACAAUAUAUUUCCUAGCAUAGUGAACAAACCAGUUAAAAGUUUCUAUUCCGUAAUUUUUUACACGGACAAGUUGGAUAGUGCCAGAAGUUCGUGGCAGAGUAGCAACGCUAAACUGAUAUACGAGCUAAUGGUCAAGUUUAAAGCUAUGCCUGAAGUCGGCUUCAACAAAAUCCUUCAGCAUUCCUCGAUGUUUCCUCCUUCCUUCAUGUUCCCGCUUUUUCACAGAUGA